AUGGUGUGGUUAGCUGUAAUUCCAAGAACAGUGCCACGUGUCAAAUUAACCCAUUUAAGAUACCUUUUCAAAAUGGCUUCAAUCGAGACGAACAAAAACGGCGCUGCACAGACUAUAAUUGAAAAAGCUCCAUGGACUGACGAACAGGGCAUAGCCAUGAAGGUGUACCAGGGCAUCCUGCUGGCUCUCGAGUUAUUCAUCCUUGCGAUAAAAAUGAACAUCACGUGGACUCUGUCCAUUUACCAGUUCUUCUUUCCACCGGAGCCAAAGAGCGUUAAGGGGGAGGUUAUUCUUAUCACGGGCGCGGGCCACGGCAUGGGCCGGGAGAUGGCAAUGCGCUUCGGGCGGCUGGGGGGCGUGAUACUGUGCGUCGACAUCAACCCAGCUGGCAACCAGAAAACGGUGGAACUGGUGAAAGAGGAGAACGGAAAAGCGCACGCCUAUCAGUGUGACGUCACGGACCGCGACGCCAUCAACGCGUUGGCGGAUAAGAUCCGCCGCGAGGUCGGUGACGUCACUAUUCUGAUAAACAACGCCGGCAUCAUGCCCUGCAAGCCCCUCAUGGAUACCAGCGAGAAGGAAAUUCGGACUGUGUUCGAGGUCAACGUCCUUGCACAGCUUUGGCUGAUCCAGGCGUUCCUGCCGCGCAUGAUGGAGCGCAACCACGGCCACAUAGUGGCGAUGUCCUCCAUGGCAGGUGUGGUCGGCCUUCGCAACCUGGUUCCCUACUGCGGCACCAAGUUCGCGGUGCGCGGUCUAAUGGAGGCUCUGCACGAGGAGCUCCGCGAGGACAAGCGCGACUUCAGCGGCAUCAAACUUACGGUCAUCUGCCCCUACAUCGUGGACACCGGUCUGUGCAAGAACCCCAAGAUCAAGUUCCCGUCUCUGAUGAAGAUCGUCUCGCCGCAAGUGGCGGCGGACAGCAUAGUGGACGCCGUUAGGAGGAACUAUGCGGAGAUAACGAUACCGAGCUCCCUCUACUACAUCAACCAGAUCUGCCGGGCCAUGCCGCGCAAAGUGCCCUUGCAUCUGAAAGACUUCUUAGACUCUGGUCUGGAGGCUCAG